UCCAUAAAAGCACAUACCAACGAAAAACUAUAUUCAUUCAUAUAUAUUUGCUGCUAUGGCAGAAGGGGAGAGGUGGGAAAUGUUAAAUAUUCUCAGAUACACUAUUGGCUUCCGCUGGGGGAGGGCGUACGGCAUAAUGGAAAGAUAUUUUGAUCUUAAAAAAAUCAAAGAUGUCACAAUAAGAAUGGAAUUUCCGGAAACAAAUACAGUGUAUUGUGAAGACUUGCCCAAUCUAGGGAGUUUUUCCUCAGGAGACAUUGUUGAAUGGCCAUACUUGGAGAAUCUUAUUUUGAACCACUGCCCUAACUUAAAGAAGUUUGGAUUCGGAAAGACAAAAGAGUCACGAUUAAAAUCAUUCAUCAUGGAAAAUCAAGUGCAACAUAACAUUGAUACAGAAGUUAUCUAUUUUUUUGAAUCAUGGGAUGAUGAAUUAUCAACAACUACUAAGUAUGAAAUUGGUGACAGUAAGGAAUUACACAAGAUAUUGGAUAAUCUUCGACCAUCACAUUUCACCAACUUGUUAAUAUUCCAGGCAAAAAAUUGCGAUGAAAAGCUGAUUAGAUUUCUCGUUAUUUUGAUGAAGAGGCAAAAUAAACUUGAAGUUAUCAACAUUCAACAAUGCAAUACAAUACAAUAUUUGUUUGAUGUUUCCCCUGAUGAAGAUGGACAUGCUAUAUAUUUCACACAGAUGAGGGAAUUAAAAUUAAUAGAACUAUAUAAUCUAAAAAUUGUAUGGCAUUGGAAGCAAAUAGAAAUUUUUGGCCUCGAAAAUCUCCAAUUGAUACACAUCAAAAGUUGCCCCUCUCUAAUACUUCUAUUCUAUUAUUCUACAACAGAGAAGCUCCACCAACUAAAUGAAUUAAAGUUAGAGGCAUGUGAGUCGUUAAGCAAUUUAGUUCAUUCUUUUAAUGAAAAUCAGAUACUACCAGCAAAGUUCCCAUCACUAACCAAGGUAGAGUUGAAGUCUCUCUCAGGAUUGGAAUGUUUCUACAGUUAUGGAGUAGAAUUGCCAAGUCUAAAAUCCUUGACAAUAGAAAAAUGUCCUCAAUUGACAUCAUUCACAAAUGGGUUUGCAACCGAAGAUGCAUCGUCCACAAUUAUUGAUGGGAAGUCUUUCUUUGAGCUAAAUGAACUCACGUUACGUAGUUGUGACAAGUUGGUUGUUGUUGUGUCAUCUAAGACUUUACAAGAGUUAGGAAAAUUGAAGAAACUCAUUGUGAGUGAUUGUAUGGAAUUGAAAAUGUUAUUCAAUAUUGGUGGAACAAUAUCUCAUUCAACUGAGCUCUUACAACAGUUAGAUGAAUUGAUCUUGAAUGAUCUACCUAAAUUAACUCAAAUCAUCAAUGAAGAAAUUGUCGAGCUCUAUCAAAACUUGAAAAUCCUACAAGUGAAGAAUUGUGAGUCUCUUGAAUGGUUGCCCAUAUCUCAAGGGCUAAAAAAUAUGGAAAUUACAGAUUGUAUGGCCUUGCAUAAAAUUAUGACCAUCCAUGAGGAAGAAGGAACGAGAGCUGAAUUUCCAUCCUUAGAGACACUGAAAAUAGAAAAUUGUCCUAGUAUGAAGACUUUUGUUGAAAAGUCCAAUGAGGAGAAAGAUCAUCCAAAAUUGGAUAAUUCAAACUAUUUCUUUCCAAAUUCAGUUUUAUAUGUUGGAAAUUAA